UUAGGUGCGGACACUUGCAAAAAGCUUGGCGGGAGUUGGAGAUUGUGAAGCUAGGGCACCAGUUUUGGCGGUCUGGGGGUUCUGUGUAGGACAACUUUAAUUGCGUUUUAAGAAAAGAGUUGGUAAGAGUCGGACGUGGUGGCGCAUGCCUGUCACAGCAGGAAGCCGAAAGGUCGCCGCGAUUUCACAGCCUGCGCUACAGAGCUCAGCAUGCCUGCAGCUGGUGACAAAAAGGAGGCUCCUACGCCUCAGAGCUCUCCUUUGACAAGCGAAUCAUAUACACAGCUGGAUGUUCUACCUGACAAGCUCAGAGAAAAGCUGCUCCCUUUCCAAAAAGAUGGCAUCAUUUUUGCCCUCCAAAGAGAUGGCAGGUGUAUGGUUGCUGAUGAAAUGGGGCUCGGGAAGACAAUCCAGGCAAUUGCAGUGGCUUACUUCUACAAGGAGGAAUGGCCCCUGCUGAUCGUUGUCCCUUCUUCUCUGCGGUACCCGUGGGCAGAAGAACUGGAGAAAUGGAUCCCAGAGCUGGAGCCAGAGGAAAUCAAUGUUAUCAUGAACAAAACUGACACUGGGAGAGUAUCGACCAGCAGGGUGACAGUUCUAGGCUACGGUCUCAUAACCACAGAUGCAGAGACUUUGAUAGAUGCACUGAACAGCCAGAACUUCAGAGUUGUGAUAGUGGACGAAUCGCACUACAUGAAAUCCAGAACUGCUGCCCGCAGCAGGAUUCUCCUGCCCCUGGUACAGAAAGCCAGGCGGGCCAUUCUGCUCACAGGAACCCCAGCUCUGGGAAGGCCUGAGGAGCUUUUCAUGCAGAUUGAGGCUCUCUUCCCACAAAAAUGUGGAACUUGGAUGGAGUAUGCUAAAAGAUACUGCAAUGCACACAUCAGGUACUUUGGUAAAAGGCGUCAGUGGGACUGCAGAGGAGCAUCAAACCUUGGCGAACUCCACCAGCUGCUAAGUGACAUGAUGAUCAGAAGGUUAAAGAGUGAAGUUUUGAGCCAGCUGCCCCCUAAAGUCAGACAACGUAUUCCCUUUGACCUGCCGCCAGCAGCAGUCAAGGAACUGAAUGCCGGCUUUGAAGAAUGGCAAAAAUUAAUGAGAGAUCCAAACUCCGGUGCCACGGAGACGGUUAUGGGGUUGAUAACGCGCAUGUUUAAACAGACUGCAAUUGCCAAGGCAGGUGCGGUGAAGGACUAUAUUAAGAUGUUGCUUCAGAAUGAGUCACUUAAAUUUCUGGUCUUUGCUCACCAUUUAAGUAUGCUCCAAGCUUGCACAGAAGCAGUCAUCGAAAACAAGGCUCGUUACAUCAGAAUAGAUGGAAGUGUUCCAUCUUCAGAAAGGAUUCACCUGGUUAAUCAAUUUCAGAAGGACCCCGAUACUCGUGUGGCUAUACUGAGCAUUCAGGCUGCUGGCCAGGGUCUAACAUUUACGGCUGCCAGUCACAUUGUCUUUGCUGAGUUGUACUGGGACCCUGGACAUAUAAAACAAGCUGAAGACCGUGCUCACCGGAUCGGACAGUCCACUUCCGUGAAUAUUCACUACCUUACUGCAAACGGUACUCUGGACAGUCUGCUGUGGGCCAUGCUGAACCGAAAGGCUCAGGUCACUGGGAGCACACUGAACGGCAGGCGGGAGAAACUCCAGGCUACAGAAGACGACAAGGAAAAGUGGGCAUUUCUGCAGUUUGCCGAAGCAUGGACCCCAAGUAACAGCUGUGAAGAGCUCAGCAGGGAUGCUGUGUUCACUCACUGGCUGGUGCUGUGUGGUGAGCACAACCGCUUUCCAAACACAGUGCCAAGACUCUUCCUGGAGUUGACAGAUGUGAAGGGUCUUCAGCUGCUGCUCCAGUCAUCCAUUAGUGUCUCUGUGGAGGUCGGCAUGAUGCAGUCAUCAUUUGUAAAUGUGGAGCAUCUUGUGCCACAGCAAGUGUGUGGAGCUGGCCUCAGCCAUGUGGAGGAUACCAACGAAAAGGAGGAGGUUGAUUCUCAGAACACCUCCAAACAGGAGCAGGCUACUUUGCACUGUGUGAAACAACUCCCUGGACAGCCAGAACCUGAGCAGUCGGCUACUAGCAAGGAAGAAAGGCUGGAAGGUGGGAGGGAAGACAGAGUGACGUCCCAGGCUGGGAAUGGCACCUUGCCUUUGUAUGAGACACUCACAUUUUGUGCAAGUAAGAACACAGACCGGAUCCACCUCUACACCAAGGAUGGAAAACCGAUGCGCUGUAAUUUCAUUCCUUUGGAUAUAAAAUUAGACCUUUGGGAAGACUUACCAGCAAGCUUUCAACUAAAACAGAAUCGCUCACUAAUUUUGAGGUUUGUCCGAGAAUGGAAUAGUCUGACUGCCAUGAAGCAGAGGAUGAUCAGGAAAAGUGGACAGCUGUUCUGCAGCCCAGCCCUGGCCUUAGAAGAGAUCACAAGACAACAGGCCAAAGGAAACAGCACUAAAAGAUACAUCACUAAAGAAGACGUUGCCACGGCCUCCAUGACCAAGGUGAAAACUGAUGGGGGCCACAUCCGUCUGAUCACCAGGGAGUCCAGGCCGCAGGACCCUUCUUCAGAUUGUAGAAAGCCUGGCAGAGCUUGGGACCCGUCUCUGAAUCCUGGCCCAGCAGAUCUCACUGUUGAGCCAUCCCUGUCCAAAGGCUACAUCCAGGCUGUGGACAAGGAAGGAAGGCCGCUCUGUCUCCGCUGCCAGCAUCCCACCUGCCAGGCUGAGCAGGGCUCCAAAGCCAGCGCCUGGGACUCACGGUUCUGCUCCCUGAAAUGUCAGGAGGAAUUCUGGAUCCGAUCCAAUAACAGCUACCUGAGAGCCCAGGUGUUUGCAGUAGAACAUGGUGUGUGCCAGCUGUGCGGUGUGAAUGCCCAGGAACUCUUUCUGCGAGUGAGAGAUGCCCCUAGAAGUCAGAGGAAGGAUCUUCUAGACGCUGCCUGGGCUGCAAAGCUCCCACUGGAGCAGCUAAAUGACAUGCUGAGGAACCCAGGAGAAGGCCACUUCUGGCAGGUGGAUCACAUCAAGCCGGUGUAUGAGGGAGGGGGACAGUGCUCCCUGGACAACCUGCAGACACUCUGCACAGUGUGCCACAGGGAGAGAACUGCCCAACAAGCCAAGGAGAGGAGUCAGGCGAGACGGCGCUCCCUGGCAUCGAAGCAUGGAUCAGACAUCACUCGGUUUCUGGUGAAGAAGUAGAGAGAGGUGUAAACAGAGCAAAUGGCCUGCAGGUAGAGGGAUUAGACACAAUGUCUCUUCAUGUUUCUCUAGUAUUUCAAUAGUGCAGAUACUGAGGUGUGACUGGAAGUAUUUCUGUGGUUUUGUGACUUCCUGCAGAUUGUCAAUUAUGUUUCAGUAAGAUUUUGUUCAGCUUUUGUUUCCCCUAAUACACCUUUAUCACUGCAUUGUGCAUAGAUAACACAUGAUAAAUAUAUUCCUAAUCACCUGACAAUUGCUUCUUGAUUUGCCUUGCUUCUGUAUUGUGUGGAACAUUCCAGAAAAGUCAGGGAAAUUUUGGAGGUAAGCCAUCAUUACUAUGGAAUUCUAGGCAGACCAUGACCAGCCUGCUUCCUGUACAAGAGCCUCCAAAAUAGGCUUGGGUGUGUGUUUUGGAUGUUGCCUCCUUCUGGGCCAGGCAUCUUUAUGAAAAGAUACUUUUUGUAAAUAAACUAAUUGUAACAAUGGUAUCUAUGUAGAAUUUGUGUGCUCUGGGCAAUCAUGAGAACAAAUGAUAUAAAGUAUAA